AUGUCAAUCAAGCAGAAGCAGGGAGAAAGUCUGCGGUCCUACAUCGACCGCUUCAAAAAGGAAGAGCUUGAGGUCCGCGACCUCAACCCCAUGGUCUCUAUGCACACUGCCAUUAAUGGGCUCUGUGCCGGCUCGGCCCUCAAGAAGGCCCAAAAGUAUAUUGCGGCUGAAGAGGCUUCGGCUGGGGAACAUCAGGAAAGGGAAGCCAAGCGCCACAACGGGCCCCCCGAGAAGAAGAGGAAGGGUGGAGACAACCCCCACCACAACAGCAACAGCAACAAGGACAACAAGAAGCCACCGGCUUUGGCCCUAGCUUACAAGGAGUACACGCCACUUAACUCCACCUGUACCCAAAUACUGAUGCAAAUCGGGGAGGAGAAGCACCUUAAGCAGUUCGUGGGAGGAGAGGCCGGUGCCUCAUCCUCCCAGCAACACCAGCACCAUCAAGUGGCAAGCGUCAUUGACGUCAUCUCCAGGGGCCUGGCCUCGGCCCGCAAGGCCUACGCCAGGCAAUUGAACAUCCAGGGGCCAUCCUCAAAGAAGCAAAAGUACCUAAAUGCUUCGAAGGAACCGAGCUGUCGGAAUGCCCUUGUCUUCACAGACGAGGACCUGAAGGGGGUCACAGUCCCCCACGAUGAUGCCCUUGUGGUGGCAGCAAUCAUCGCUAACUACGUGGUGAAGAAGAUCCUAGUGGAUAGCGGCUCCUCGGCCGACAUCCUCUUCUACAACACCUUUGAAAGGAUGAAUCUCACACCCGAGCGGCUCCAGCCAGCUGACGUUCCCCUCAUCGGCUUCUCCGGUAAUGCCAUCAAACCGAAGGAAAAGAUCACCCUGCCCAUCACAAUAGGGAAUGAACCGGACCAAGUAACUUGGAUGCAUGAGUUCCUGGUAGUGAAGGUUAUCUCCCCCUACAAUGCCAUAAUGGGGAGGCCUACCAUUCACGUGCUGAGGGCAGCCAUGUCAUCCUACCACCUGGCCCUCAAGUUCCCCACCGAGCAUGGUGUCGAAGUUGUUCGUGGGAACCAACAGAUCGCCCGCCAGUGCUAUGUGUCAGCGCUGAAGGGCAAGAACAAAGAGGCCCUAUCACUAGAGGGCCUCGACCUCAGGGAGGAGACAGCGAGCCGAGGACCUCGUCUCGAUUCCCCUAGACAAGGCAAACCCUAA